UAAUCUCCUUCUCACAAUACAGACUCACAGAGCUUUUGAUUCAAAAGGUAAAGUUGAAAAUGGGUUCUUCAACAUCAUCACUCUCUCUAAGGAUUCUAUUAACCUCCGCCGGCGUUUUAUCGGUAGCUAUGGUGAUGAAAUUAUGCAUUCCGUUGAUGUUAAACUUCGCCGUGUAUGACAUACCUGUUAUUUGGUCUGUUGUACUUUCCUGGCUCAGGCCGCCGUAUCUAUACGUUGUCAUCAAUGGCAUUAUCAUAAUCAUCGCUGCCUCUUCACGCUUCCACCACCACUACAAUCACUACCACUCCGAGCUUCAAACUCACCCGUUAGUUAAUGAAACGAACUCUCUUCCGCCGCCAGAUCUACCGUCCGAAAUUCAAUCGUUGACGGUUCAGACGAGAUUUGAUAUUUUGGAGCAUCCGCCGGUGGUUUUCGGGUUCGAGGAUGAAAAUUGGGAGACGAAGGAAGUCUCUGUGGUAUAUGAGAAUGAGAUUGAACCUCCGAUUAUAGAGAUUGAGACAGUACUGGUGAAUGAUUCAGAUGUUGUUACAGCCGAAGUUGAAGAGAAAAUUGAAAUUCCGAAAUCAUCGUGGAAUUCACCGCAGUUGAUGAUAAACUCGCCCCCACCGGCGGAGAAAAUUCAAUCAGACUUCAUUCCGCCGGUGAGAGAAAGGCCGCUCUUAAGUUCCAGAUUUGCUCAUCAACGGAGAACGGCGAAAAUCAAUCCCGAAGGUGUUAAAUCGCUAAGAGUAUCGAAAGCGAGGAAGCAUGAUACAUUGGAGAGCACAUGGAAGACGAUAACCGAUGGCCGUCACAUGCCGCUGAAUAGACACCUCCGGAAAUCCGAUACCUUCGAGAACCACCAUCACCACGUGCCACCUAUGGAUGCGCUCCCCGGAGAACAAGGGCCGUCAUCGGCGGCGGCGGAAAAUAAUUUGAUGAACAAAUCAGAAACAUUCAAUGACAGUACGGAUUACGACAACCAGAGCCACCGUAUUCCGUCGUUGAAAAACUCAUUGCUGUCGGGUGGCGGGAGGUUGAGAAAAGAAGGAUCGUUGAGUCAAGAUGAGUUGAAUCGGCGAGUUGAAGCGUUCAUAAAGAAAUUUAACGAUGAUAUGAGGUUACAGAGGCAAGAAUCGCUACAGCGAUACAUGGACAUGAUAAACCGAGGGGUAGAAUAGGUACAAAAAAAGAAGUUAGCUAUUCAAACAAAAAAGGAUUUUUCUAGAAAGCUUUGAUGUUACAAUUAUAAUUGCAAAAAAACAAUAUUUUUUCUGGGAUUUGAUAGGUUGCUGGUGUUGUCUAGUUCACAUCGAA